CCUCCCCGGAACCGGCGGUCGAGCUGCGGCCGCCGAGCAGUGGAACGGCGACGGCAGCACGGAGCCGCCGGCAUGAGCGCCCCCCGCCGCCCCGCGUCCCGGCCCCGGCCUUUCUGACAAGAGGUGUGAGAGGAUUGCUAUUGCAUUACAAUCAUGGUGCAGAAAUACCAGUCACCAGUGAGGGUGUAUAAACACCCCUUUGAAUUAAUUAUGGCUGCCUACGAAAGGAGGUUUCCUACAUGUCCUUUGAUUCCGAUGUUCGUGGACAGUGACACUGUGAAUGAAUUCAAGAGUGAAGAUGGGGCUAUUCAUGUCAUUGAAAGGCGCUGCAAACUGGAUAUAGAUGCACCCAGACUGUUGAAGAAGAUUGCCGGAGUUGAUUAUGUUUAUUUUGUCCAGAAAAACUCACUGAAUUCUCGGGAACGUACUUUGCACAUUGAGGCCCAUAAUGAAACGUUUUCCAAUCGGGUCAUCAUUAACGAGCAUUGCUGCUACACAGUUCACCCUGAAAAUGAAGAUUGGACCUGUUUUGAACAGUCUGCGAGUUUAGAUAUUAAAUCUUUCUUUGGUUUUGAAAGUACUGUGGAAAAAAUUGCGAUGAAACAAUAUACCAGCAACAUUAAAAAAGGAAAAGAAAUCAUUGAAUACUACCUUCGUCAGUUGGAAGAAGAAGGCAUAACCUUUGUGCCCCGCUGGACUCCACCUUCUAUCACACCCUCUGCGGAAUCAUCAUCAUCAUCUUCAUCGUGCAAGAAACAAGCAGCGGCUAUGGCCAUCGUCAUCCCAGAUGCUGCCCUUAAGGAAGGGCUGAGUGGCGAGGCCCUCGGCAGCCCUGGCGGGGCACCUGAGCCCGUGGUGGGGACUCCUGACGACAAACUAGACGCAGACUACAUCAAGAGAUACCUGGGCGAUUUGACCCCACUGCAGGAGAGCUGCCUUAUUAGGCUUCGUCAGUGGCUCCAGGAGACCCACAAGGGCAAGAUUCCAAAAGAUGAGCACAUUCUUCGGUUCUUACGUGCUCGGGAUUUUAACAUUGACAAAGCCAGAGAGAUCAUGUGUCAGUCCUUGACCUGGCGGAAGCAGCACCAGGUGGACUACAUUCUGGAAACCUGGGACCCUCCCCAGGUCCUUCAGGAUUACUACGCGGGAGGCUGGCAUCAUCACGACAGAGAUGGGCGGCCGCUGUACGUGCUCAGGCUGGGGCAGAUGGAUACCAAGGGCCUGGUGCGAGCCCUCGGGGAGGAGGCCCUGCUGAGAUACGUUCUUUCCAUAAAUGAAGAAGGGCUCAGACGGUGUGAGGAAAACACAAAAGUCUUCGGUCGCCCUAUCAGUUCGUGGACCUGCCUGGUGGACCUGGAGGGGCUGAACAUGCGCCACCUGUGGAGGCCGGGAGUGAAAGCCCUGUUGCGCAUCAUCGAGGUGGUGGAGGCCAACUACCCCGAGACGCUGGGCCGCCUGCUCAUCCUCCGGGCGCCCAGGGUGUUUCCUGUCCUCUGGACGCUGGUUAGUCCAUUCAUUGAUGACAACACCAGAAGGAAAUUCCUCAUUUAUGCAGGAAAUGACUACCAGGGUCCUGGAGGCCUGCUGGAUUACAUCGAUAAAGAGAUUAUUCCAGAUUUCCUGAGUGGGGAGUGCAUGUGUGAAGUGCCAGAGGGCGGACUGGUCCCCAAAUCUCUGUACAGGACUGCAGAGGAACUGGAGAACGAGGACCUCAAGCUCUGGACUGAGAGCAUCUACCAGUCAGCGAGUGUGUUCAAAGGGGCCCCGCAUGAGAUUCUCAUUCAGAUUGUGGAUGCCUCUUCGGUGAUCACUUGGGAUUUUGAUGUAUGCAAAGGGGACAUUGUCUUUAACAUCUAUCACUCCAAGAGAUCACCACAGCCACCCAAAAAGGACUCUCUGGGGGCCCACAGCAUCACUUCUCCAGGCGGGAACAACGUGCAGCUCAUAGACAAGAUCUGGCAGCUGGGCCGUGACUACAGCAUGGUGGAGUCGCCCCUCAUCUGCAAGGAAGGAGAAAGCGUGCAGGGCUCACAUGUGACCAGGUGGCCGGGCUUCUACAUUCUGCAGUGGAAAUUCCAUAGCAUGCCCGCGUGUGCCGCAACCAACCUGCCCCGGGUGGACGACGUGCUGGCCUCCCUGCAGGUCUCUUCUCACAAGUGUAAAGUGAUGUACUACACUGAAGUGAUCGGCUCUGAGGAUUUCAGAGGUUCGAUGACCAGCCUGGAGUCCAGCCACAGUGGGUUCUCCCAGCUGAGUGCUGCCACCACCUCCUCCAGCCAGUCCCACUCCAGCUCCAUGAUUUCCAGAUGGCGAUUUUGCUGACAGCUGCCAAGAAAACGCUCCACUCAACAGUCCUCAUGUGCCCAGAGAUGUUUAUAGAACUAUUUGAAUUGCAGCAAUCCCCCCCACCCCCAGGCUGAAGAUCUGUUCUUUUAAGUUGAUUCAGGAGUGGCUCUGUUUUACCCCAUAGAGUCCAGUGCAUCUUUAAGAGUUCAAAGCACAUGACUGCACAAAUGCUCACAGGGUUUACUCUUGAGUAAUGCACCACCUCAUUCUCCUUGUAAGGAAAUUACGGGGCAUCUAUGGUCUGAGUAUGCGGUUUGCGUUACAUCUCUCUACUUUUAUUACCUUGCCACUCUUUUAAAAUGCUGCUGUCAUUUCCCUUUUUUUCAGUACUAAUGAUUCUUUGGUUUUCCCUCUAUUACUAGUGUCUUAAUUCACUUUCCUUCCUAAAUUCAUUAUUUGCAUAUCAAAUUCUGUAAAUGUUUUGUAAACAUAUUACCUCACUCUUGGUAAUACAAUACUGAUAGUCUUUAAAAGAUUUUUUUAUUGUUAUCUAUAAUAAAUGUGAACUGUUUAAAGAAAAAA